CGUCGAUUCCAGAUGUAUGUUAUACAAUUAUUGUCGAUGCAAAAAAAUAUUAAAAUUUUGACAGAUGUAAUCCUCCUGUGUAUUUUGUUUGAAGAAAUAAAUGGAAUUAAAGACGCGAACACACUCCAAACUAGUAUAAAUAGCUGUAUACUGCCACCUCAUCCAAGAUUUGGUGGAUGGACCGUCUUUCAAACAAAUCUUGCCCCAUCUGUGGGCGAUGCCGUGCCUGUGGGUACCAUUCUUGAAAUCAGUUGUUACUACGGUUACAAAUUAAAUGGUGGUGCAAUCAGUGCUUGCAUUCGGGGCCAAUGGAGACCCGAAGUGGGUCAAUGUUUACGUACUUGUCCUUCAUUACGUACCACCACUAUUACGACAGUUAGUUGUACCUACAAAGGGGAAACUUUAGCGACUUGUUUGGACGUGGUUGAAGAAACGAGAGCACACUUCCAAUGUUCCCCGUUUUAUGAAAUCCAAGGGCUGAAUAAGUUUCCAAUAAGAAUAUGUUCCAAGGGACAGUGGAGUGGUGGUAUUCCAGAAUGCGUACCAGUAUGCGGUAAAAAAGGCAUUACAAAGGACCCUACUUUAAUUGUGGGAGGUUUCAACACAACGUCACUAGAAUACCCUUGGCAGACGGCCUUAUAUUUCAAAAGAACCAAAGUAUUAAUCUGUGGAGGAACACUACUGAGUCAAAAGACAAUCUUGACAGCUGCACACUGCGUGACAAACGACAAAGGUCAACUACAACCGAAAGAAAACUACAUAGUGGCUGUUGGCAAGUCUUAUCGCAGCUACAACGAUUCGAGGGACAACGCAGCUCAAUUUUCUUCGAUAGAAGAAAUGAAUGUUUCUAGACAAUACAAAGGGUACAUUCAACGUUACUUUGGGGACAUCGCAAUAAUAGUUGCAAAUACAACAUUCGUUCUUUCGCUUAACGUUCAACCAGUUUGUGUAGUUUGGGAAAAAAAAUUCCAUCAGUCAUUAGAAAAUGUCACCAGAGUGAACCAAACUUACGCGAGCGGUUGGGGUUUUACUUCCGAAAAUAAGAACCCUUCAGACGUUCUUAAAUCGUUGAAAGUUCCACUUAUAAGUAAAGAUGAGUGUGAACGCAGCUUGUCCGAAGAUGAUUUAGAGUACCUGACCGACGAUAAACUCUGUGCCGGUUUCUUAGAAUCUGGCAAAUCUGUGUGCAAGGGCGAUAGCGGUGGAGGUCUGGUGACCAAGCACGGUGGUAGAUACUACAUCAUAGCAGUCGUCAGUAUUGCGCCACAAUCAUCUACAGCUAUUGGUGGAUGUGAUAGUCAACAAUAUGGUUUGUACACCAGAUUUUCGUAUUACAUUGAUGACUUUUUAAUAGACGUAGAAGCCAGAUUUGCGCCCUCCGAACAACGUGUAGAUUGCACUGACGAUGAUUGUUUCACUGCUUCUACAAACGUAUCAAUAACUUCUGCAAGAAGUGGUUGUAUAUUACCCGAUCAUCCCAUGUUUGGCAACUGGUCCAUCUUUGGUGCACCUUCCAAUCACUUUAUGCCAGGAACGUUGGUGGUACCAGGCACUGUUUUGAAAAUAGAGUGUAAGCAGAAUUAUACUUUGAGUGGCCAUGGUAGCCUGUUUUGCGAGAACGAAUUCUGGUCGUCCAAUGUUGGCGAGUGUUUAGGCAUUGCAACACCCAAAACACAGGACUUGGUAACUACUGAACAAGAAGUUCACGGUCUUUUUGGUGACCACGUCACUUUGGAGUGUGCGGCUGCUGGCAACCCAACACCAAAAAUAACUUGGACUAAAGAUAACACACUGAUCGAUGGUACUCGAGGUGCUAAGUACAGGAUCAAGCUGGACCAAUCGCUUCAGAUAAUUAUGCUUGAAAAGUCUGACGCAGGAGUAUAUCUAUGUACCACCGAGAAAGCUACACGUGAAGCUACAACGAAACGAAUAAACUUGGUCGUUACUGUAGACGGUCCUCAGCGGCCUGCAACUAUACUGGAAUCAGAGAGUCAAGGAAAAGUUGUGGUGUCGCUAAACUCUUCAUUAACCCUCAACUGUUUAGCCGUCGGCUAUCCUCUCCCUGUUGUAACCUGGUGGUUCAAUGGCACUCUUAUUUCUAUCCAAUCUAGUCAGUUCGAAACAGGCAAAGACAACUCUCUUCGUAUAGAAUCCGUAAGAUCAUCAAAUCUUGGAGUGUAUACUUGUCAAACUUACAACGGUGUGGGUAAAUCUGCUAGUUGGUCGGUCACCGUGGAGGCUAGAGAAACCAAUCAGGACACGAGUCCGAAAGGAACCGACGUCCAACCCGACUGCCAGGACAACCCGUUCUUUGCCAAUUGUCGUCUCAUCGUAAAGGCGAAUUUCUGUACGCACAAAUAUUACGCGAGAUUCUGUUGUAAGGCUUGCACGGAGGCGGGUUUGAUACCAGUGGUUAAUCUAAAGGAGAAGACAACAAUCGUCACCGAUUGAGUAUCAUUUUCUAAAGCGUAAUUUAUUGCUAAUCUCAUACUUUGCUAAGAGAAAUUUAAUAUAAUUUUUGCAUUAUUAUUGAGAAAUGCUUUGAGUUUGAAAUACACGUCGUCUCAGUG